UAAACUAGUAAACUACUAUGCAACAUAAGAAAGAUCGCUUCCUAGGGGACACGAAACCCUUUGUUCGUGACCCCCAUCUUCACCCUCGCCGGCCACCGGGGAACUAUCACAGCUACUUUCAAAGAUGGAUUUCCGCCACCACAUCCCCGGCGGAUCUCCUUCCUCCUCUUCCACCACUUCUUCCUCCUCCCAAAACCCCAGCCACCGGAACGGUAACCAGCACCACCAGAACCACAACGGCAGCACCGCCAUAACCACCACCAACGACAACAGCACCACCAACAACAACAACAACGAUCCAAUGCACUCAUGGUGGGAAUCCAUCUCCAAAGCCCGAUCUCGCAUCCAUCUCUUAUCCACACUUUUACCCGUACCCGAGCCUGACUCGGAAGAUCCAAACCCGAUCUCAUCUCUCGCCGAUUCCGAUGCCCCCGCACGCUCUCUCAUCUCUUCUCUCAUUGCAUACACCGCCGUAUCUUCUUCGCUCACAUCCUCUCAUGACUCCGGCUCCGGCGAGGAUUCCCUUUGUAAUUGGCUGUACGAUACCUUCCUCUCUUCCGAUCCAGACCUCCGCCUUGUCGUCCUCGCCUUCAUCCCUCUCAUCGCCGGUCUUUACCUUUCUCGCAUUCACUCUCUCUCCUCCUUAACUCCGUCGCUUGCCGGAUUUGAAGCCGUACUUCUCGCUUUAUACUCAUCGGAGACCAAAUCUCGCGCCGGGAAACCAAUAAUGAUUUCGAUCCCCGAUCUCUCUCAGCCGUCGCUUUACCAUUCUCCUAGGGUUAGCAACAGCAAAAAGAAACCGAAUUCGGCUAAAGUGAACCCUAAUUCUGGAUCGCAGCCUUCGCGGCCUACAGUCGGAAUCCUAUCUCCUCCUCUAGAGCCCCAAACCGCUAUAAAGUCAACGAAACGUGCUACCAUUGUUGGAGUUGCACUCGAUUGCUACUACAAGCAGAUCUCUCAAAUGCCUAGCUGGUCGAAGCUCGAUUUCUGCAAGUUCGCUGCUGAUUGGGCUGGACAGGAUUGCGCUUGCAAGUCCGAAUUCGACCAAUCCUCUGAAGUUACAAACUUUACCGAUGGUAUCGUUGAAGAUGGAAUCGACAUUGAAGGGAAUGUCGUUGAAGAAAUGAAGAAUUUGGAGAUUCAGGAUGGGGAUUCAGACAAAGUCGUUGCUAGAGGGACAAGAAUUCUUCUUCCAUGGGAGCUUCUACAACCAAUUCUAAGGAUCUUGGGCCACUGUUUACUCGGUCCAUUGAAUUCAAACGACGUGAAAGAUACAGCAUCUACAGCAGUUCGAUGUUUGUAUGCUAGAGCUUCACAUGAUUUAGUUCCUCAAGCGAUUUUAGCUACUCGAAGCUUAAUCCAACUGGAUAAGAGAGCUCGUGAAGCUGCUGCCAUGGCUGCCGCAUCAACUGCUAAUACACCAGGUUCUAAUGCUAAUACACCCAGUAAAGCCAAGAAACCCGAAAUUCUCUUAGUAUCAAAAUGAAAGCAGAGUAUGUUUUUUUUCUAUCUCAAUAUCGGGAAAAAAAAAUAAAAAAAAAUCCAUUUUGUUAUCUUGAUAAUAUAGUGUUUGAUCUUGUUGUAGGGGUAGGGCUCUACAAUGUGUAAUUGGUAAUUACUAUAUCUAUAAUCUGUCAACUUAAACUUGUAGAUGCAAGAACUCAAUUGUGUAAUUUAAUUUUUUGUUUGUUAUGAGAUUGCAUUCUGUUUUAUUUAA